CUUCUGUUUCCACAGCAGCUGCUCAUCGCUCGUACCAACCGGCGGCUCAAGCUUCUUACCAACCGGCAGCUCAAGCUUCUUACCAACCCGUCGCUCAAGCUUCGUAUCAACAACCAAUUGCUGCUCCUUCAGUUCCUCAAAAGGCAAGAAAACCACCAACUCCUCAAGCCAAACCGGCCAAGAAGGCUGCUGCACCUCCUCCAGCACCUAGAGCUACUGAACAAGCUAAGAAAGCGGCACCUCCACCACCUCCUCCAGCACCACCAGCGGCAGUAUCAGCACCCAAAACUCCAAAGUAUCCUACUUACAAGGUGAACUUUGACUACGACGGCUCGGUGGCCGGGAUGGGCACCUUUGUCUUACAUGGAAAAAUGUGAACCUCCAGCCAGUAUUUUUGGCACAAGAGGACACGUUGUCCCUCCUCCUCCCCCACCGCCAACAGCUGUACACGCCACUGCUCAAUCGACUGGCC